UUCUCGACUUACAUUUCCGCUGGAUAAUUUCACGUUCCCGCCAUCAUUGACAUCUGAGGCCUCUUGUCGACAACUUAUACAUUAGAGAAACCGAAUACCGGCAAAACCUAAUUACCGCGUCUAAAGUAAAGAUACCAUAAUUUUAAAUUUCGAGAAUCCCACUCUGAAUUUACCGGUCUAGGUUGGAGCUUGUGAGUCUUGGUCUCCAACCCGAGGAGCAGAGACAACCGCCUGCUCACAGCACUCUGUCCGAACACGCCAAUGGCAGCCACAAUGCUGAAGCUUUCCAGCAGCGGGGCUGUUAGAAUCCGCUUCAAUAGCAUAGACCUUGGGACCACCCGGUGGAAAGAGGGCACAUUUGAGAUCAUUGAGAAGGAUAACAAAGUCAAUCUCUGCAUCAGAUUCAUCAGUGGUGGUGCACCUAAAACUUUUCAGCUGAACCAUAAUAUAAAGAAUGUGGUGCACACUCCAAGCAGACUCAUGGUGACUUUGAAGGACUCAAGUGUUGUCACCCUCGACGGCAUCCCUUUAGCCCUGGCUCAGAAAGUGAAAGAAUACCUUGAUAAGCUCAAGCAAGGAAAAUCUACUGUUCUUAAGGCAUCCCAUGGAAGUGCCACCUUCAGUAUUCUUGGGAAUCGGUCAUUAAAAAACGAGUCUAGUCCAUCUGGAGAACGACAGAGCACACCCAGAAGGCAAAGUUUGGACAGGGAGGAGACCACACCACGCAAACCUCUGGGAAGCCCCAGCAGGGUCAUCUCCACCCCUGCCCGUAGUGGGCUCUCUGAGAACAGGAGCGAGAAGAGGAAGAGGAUCCUUAAUCCUGAAAGCGACUUGGUUGAAGACUACCCAAAAGAAAAUGACUCAUUCAGCAACAAUAAAGCCACCUCAGACCCCUCCCGGAAAUUUCUGCAGAGCUGCAAAGACAAACUGAAACAGGCGGAGGAAAAUCGAAGUUCUGUUACCCUUCUUCCUGCACCUCUCCAAGCCACUUUGUUUUACGGUAGCAGAUCUGUGACCAAAGACUACAGCCAGAGCCAUUCAUUUCUAGACAGGCCACCCAGUACAACCCCCGCAAAAAGAAGUCUCAUGAUGCCCAAUCAUUCCACUCCUUUCAAAAAAAUGCGUUCCACUACAGACUAUGGGGGCUGGAAUAGGCCCAGACCUUCCACCCUGGCGCAGUCCCAACCUCCUCUGCAAGGAUUCUCGAACCUUGGAAACACUUGCUACAUGAAUGCCAUACUCCAGUCUCUCUUUAGCCUGCCAUCCUUCUCCAAUGACUUACUGAAGCAGGGUAUCCCAUGGAAAAAGGUCCCAGCCAAUGCACUGCUUAGGCGUUUUGCCCACUUGCUGGCCAAGAAAGACGUGUCUUGUCCAGAGAUGAAGAAAGACCUGUUGAGGAGGGUGAAGAGUGCCAUAUCCUCCACAGCAGAACGCUUCUCUGGAUACAUGCAGAAUGACGCUCAUGAGUUCCUGAGCCAGUGUCUGGACCAGCUAAAAGAGGACGUUGAGAAAGUCAAUAAGAGCUGGAAGAGUGAGCCGGCAGCGGUUGCUGCUGUGUGGGAGGAGCCACAGCAGUUUGCACCACGAUCCAGAGAUGAGACUGACUCCUCCCGCAUCUACACCUGCCCUGUGGUUGUCAACAUGGAGUUUGAAGUGCAGCACACCAUCAGCUGCAAAGGUUGUGGAGAGGUGGUCACCAAACGAGAGCAGUUCAACGACCUGUCUAUAGACCUGCCACGCAGGAAGAAGACCCUUCCUCUAAGAUCUAUCCAGGAUUCGUUGGACCUUUUUUUUAGGAUGGAGGAAAUUGAGUACUCCUGUGAAAAGUGCAGUGGGAAGACUGCAACAGUGAUACACAAAUUCAGCCGACUUCCCAGAGUGCUGAUCCUCCACUUGAAGCGAUACAGCUUCAAUGCCCAACUGUCUCUGAACAGCAAGCUAGGCCAACAAGUGGUGAUUCCUAGAUACCUGACGUUGCUGUCCCACUGCACAGAUGCAACGCGCCCUCCCCUGAGCCUAGGCUGGAGUGCACACACUGCCCUGUUGCGAACGCUUAAGGGCUCCCAGUUAGUGAAUUCCUCAUCCUCACUUCUCAGGAAAGGCUGUGUGAAGGCCGGCAGCUCGAGCAGCGUCCUGGUGGAUUCUGAUAGCGAGGAGGAACCAAGCAGGAAGGUGGCAAUCCGCAAGCGCCGUUUUUGCGAUUGCAUGCCUGACGACGAGCGGACAGACGAAAUUCAUCGGAGUCCAAAUGAGUCGGCAGACCUCAACGAGAUCAAUGAUGAUGAGAUGCUAGCAGCCGUGUUUGAGAUGAGUCGACAUGACGAUGGCCCCUCUGGCCAAGCCCUGGAUGACGAGCCGACCAGCAGUCCAGACACAGGCUUUGGAGAUAACGAUGUUCAGGAGCUGGCCUAUCACACAGAGCUGCUAGACACUGAGAACAAACAGUCUGCAGAUGUCCUGGAUUCCCUGGACCUGACCAUGGAUGAGAACAAGGAAAACCAAACUCCAGAGGGAGUGCAGGGUGAGCUCGACUGGGUACAACAAUAUAGCAUGGAUCAGGAAAGAGAGGAGCAGGAGUUGCAGCAGGCCCUGGCCCAGUCUCUCCAGGAACAUGAAGCCCAGGAGAUGAGAGAGGAUGAUGACCUCAAGAGAGCCACUGAGCUCAGUCUACAAGACUUCAACAACUCGUUGCCAGAGCUGCUGUGCUCUGAUGAGGACUCUGGGAAUGAGGACGUGCUUGACAUGGAGUACAGUGAAACUGAAGCAGAGGACCUGAGGAGGAAUGCGGAGAGUGGAGACCUGGCCAAUUCUUUUAGACUCAUCAGUGUGGUCAGUCACAUUGGAAGCAGCUCAUCCUCAGGUCAUUAUAUCAGCGAUGUAUAUGACAUGAGGAAGCAGUCAUGGCUUACCUUCAAUGACCUGGAUGUGUCCCGCACGCAGGAAUCCAACGUGCAGAGGGACCGAGAUCGCAGUGGAUACAUAUUUUUCUACAUGCACAAGGAUGUGUUUGAGGAACUGUCUGAUCUUGAGAAGACAGGGGGGAGCUCGUCCGAGGCAGGAAGGAGUGUCCUUCAGCCCCUUUAGAGACAUGUUAUGCUGUCUGAAUGCUGGUUUGAUUUGGGGUGAAAGGGGAGUCUUCUCCAGUACUACUAACACUGUCCAUUUAGGCACUCUGCCUCCCCCUUUUCAGGUAUGAUAACACCUAGACUAAGGUAUCUUCUGUUGGUGACACUGAAUGAAACCUUAGUCAAUAAUCAGGCUGUAUGAAAUUUAAUGUGGCGCACCAUGAGCAAAGGGAAGUUCAUGACUGUAUUUUGUCAUUUGUGUUUUCAAUUUGGAAGAAAACGACCCUUGCAUAUAGGGUUCAGCAUUUUCUUCAUGAUCAAUUUGGAACUGGCCCUUGUUUUUCUCUAUUAUCACAUUCAGAACUUUAUAUUGUCAGAUGCUGUUGCUCCUCAGAUUGUAUGGUUUUCAGAAUUUUUAUUUACCAUAUAAUCUAAUAAAGAUCUAUUCUUCUAUGUGUUUGAGUAUAAGACAACUUAGUUUGGAGGGUCUUUUUGUUUCUAUAUGCAGCACAAGUGGUGCAAUAUUUAUUCUGUAGCAUGAAUUUGACGAUUCUGCAUACGAGUUUCCAAUCUGUAAUUUGAGGUUGAAUAGGUAUGUUUGACAUUUUUUGUUAUACUUUACUUAUUAAAUGAUUGAGAGUUGACGUUUUAUACAUCAGAAAAUGUAACAAGCUUAUACUAUAGUUGCUUUUUAUAAUCUCACACACCUAGGAUUUUUCUAGUACCUCCCAGUAAAGAACUAAUUUUUUUCUACAGAGCUUUACUGUGAACAACCAAUAAAAAAUUGUUCUUAUAACUUUUCAAAACAAAGUAGAAAUCUCGUUAUGGACGUGUACACUAAGGAUAGUUUUGCUGGUAAAAGGCCAACAUAUUUAUGUAUUUAUUAUAUGGUUUUCAUGGCCAAUUAAAAUGUCUAACAAAGUUCUGGAUGUAAUUUCCUGCUUGGAGAGCUCUUCUCUGAUGCAGUGCUCGUAAUGUAAGGAUAUUGGGGCUAUAGGAAGGGGCAAAGUUAAGCAGUUAAAUCAUUUCUAGCAAAAUAGUUAGAUCUGAAACUAACUUGUAGAGAUAGAAGUUAAUGCCUGUAGGACUUCAAAAUGUAAUUCAUGUAACUGUGAGGAAACAGCCUGAAAAUCAACGUAAACAGUCUGUGUAACUGACAUGAUCUUUAAUGUGGAAUGAAAGCAUGCCAAAUCUUUGUCUGGGCCAUACUUGCACCAACCUGAAUAUGCACCAGUUAAAGAGAAAUUGUCUUGCAGAGUGGAUGGAGCUUAUUCAGCAUUUCAAUUACACUUCCUAAAGCACAUUUUAAAUAAAACUAUUACUGUGUUAACAUGU